ACUCCAAAAUUCCUUUGGCGCCUUCCAGUAGCCCCAGUUCUCUCCUCUCCUCUCUCUCGGAUUCUUUCUUUCAGGGUGUGCAUUUGCAAACAUGAAUAUGGGGAGCACCAGUUCUUCAACACUCCCACUCUCGAAACUGGAAUUCCCGUCGUCUUUGAACCCUCGAAGGAUUACUAGAAAGAAGCUCACGACGUCAACCCCCUUUGGCUUUGGUCUAUCCAAUUCCAGUCUGUCGAGAGACACAACUACUGGGCUUUCUCUCUCUACAGGCCAUUAUUAUGCCAUUCGUUGUUGUUUGGAUAAUACUAAUAGUAACAUUGGAGUAAUUGAAGAUCCAACCAAAGACAGUAGCCCUCCUCAAGUCCAAGUUAAAACCAGUACGUGGAAUUGGAGGGGCUAUUCUAUUCGGUAUCAGUAUGCUGGGAGCAGUGGCCCUGCAUUAGUUUUAGUUCACGGUUUUGGAGCAAACAGCGACCAUUGGAGGAAAAAUAUUCCAGUUCUUGCGCGUUCCCAUAGGGUAUUCUCGAUUGAUCUUAUUGGCUAUGGUUAUUCAGACAAACCAAAUCCUCGUGACUUUGGAGUUAACUCCUUUUACACAUUUGAGACAUGGGCCUCCCAACUAAAUGAGUUCUGUGUUGAUGUGGUGAAAGACAAAGCAUUCUUUAUUUGCAAUUCUAUUGGAGGAGUUGUUGGUCUUCAGGCAGCUGUGAUGGAACCCGAAAUCUGUAGGGGCAUUACUAUUCUAAACAUAUCUCUACGUAUGCUUCAUAUUAAGAAGCAACCAUGGUAUGGAAGACCUCUAAUCAGAUCAUUUCAAAGUUUGCUGAGGAAUACUGCAGUGGGCAAAUUCUUUUUUAAAUCUGUUGCCACGCCAGAGUCAGUGAGGAGUAUUCUUUGUCAGUGUUACCACGACACGUCCCAGGUGACAGAAGAAUUAGUUCAGAGUAUCCUUCUUCCCGGGCUUGAGCCUGGUGCUGUGGAUGUGUUUCUGGAGUUUAUUUGUUAUUCAGGGGGCCCUCUUCCGGAGGAACUAUUGCCUCAAGUCAAGUGCCCUGUUUUGAUAGCAUGGGGUGACAAGGAUCCAUGGGAACCCAUUGAGCUGGGAAGAGCCUACGGUAAAUUUGAUUCUGUGGAAGACUUCAUUGCGCUCCCUAACGUUGGCCAUUGCCCUCAGGGAGCAUUUCAGAGCAGAAACAAGGGUGAAUUACUUCGAAGUCUGAGAUGCAUGCUGAGCAGUUAGAUUUUCGGUUUUCUGUAUGGUUUGGUAACCUGUCAAAAUGUCUACCAGUUAAGAUGUCUGAAAAUAUGUAUAGAGAUUCUCUAGGUAACACUUACUUGUAUAGAAGUUGAAGUUACUGGUCUUGGUACUAUAUCCAGCACCUUUCUAUGGGGCCACCUUUUCGUUCACUUGCUUAUGGCAAAUUUGUUCAGCUACAAA